CACACGGCCGUUGGGUACCGAAACAGGAAAUAGUUGACGGAAGGAGGGAUAGAAUGUGAGCGAUGCGGAAGUUGCGGGAAUGACAGCUGCCACUCUGCUGUUGCCCUGGAUGUCGCACAUGAGGAAGCUGCGCGUGGCGGUGGUGGGGGCUGGGGCUGCAGGUCUCUGUGCUGCUCGCCACAUCCUGUCCCGGCAGGACACCUUUGCCCCCCCUGUGGUGUACGAGCAGACCAAGCAGCUGGGCGGGACCUGGGUCUAUGAGGAACAUGUGGGUUCCUACGACAACGGCCUGCCCAUUCACAGCAGCAUGUACAGAAACCUCAGGACCAACCUGCCCAAAGAGGUGAUGAUGUUCCCAGAUUUCCCCUUUGACCCUCAGCUUCCCUCCUUCCUGCCCCACCAGGAAGUGCUGCGUUACCUGGAGAGAUACUGCCAAAGCCACAACAUCACCCCUCACAUCAGAUUUGAAACAGUGGUGGAGGAAGUGAAGCCCAUCUCCCCGGAGACUGAGGCAGGAAAGGUGACGUGGGAGGUAACGUCGUCAAGUGGGCAGCAAGGGCAGACAACCGAGAAGUUUGAUGGCAUUUUCGUCUGCAACGGGCAUUUCUCAGACCCACACUGGCCCUCCAUCCCUGGACUGGAAUACUUUAAAGGAAUGCUGCUGCACAGCCACUCAUACCGCCACCCUGAGCCUUUCGAGGGUCAGUCUGUGGUGAUUCUGGGGGCUGGAGCUUCAGGAAUUGACAUCUCCAUAGAACUGGCUAGUGUUAAUGCCCAGGUAAUCCUGAGCCACAGCAAGCCCCCGCUGAGUUUCCCCCUACCACCCGAAAUCAAGCAAGUCCCCCCAGUGGUCCAAGUGCUGGAGGAUGGGACACUGCAGUUCCAGGACGGGGGUCUGGCCCGCCCCCAGGUCCUCCUGCUCUGCACCGGGUACAACUUCAGCUACCCCUUCCUGAAUGCAGCUGAGCUCGGACUGCGGGUUCGAGAUCAGCUGAUCUACCCGCUGUACAAGUUCCUACUGCCUCCCGCCUUCCCCUCCCUCUUCAUUGUGGGCGUGUGCAAGGUCAUCUGCCCAUUCCCUCACUUCCACUGCCAGGUGCAGUUUGCCUUGGCAGUGCUCGAUGGAUCUCUUGCCCUGCCCUCACGAGAGGAGAUGGAGGAGGAAGCGAAGAGGGAAAUGGAAAGGAAGACAGGGGAGGGAGUGGAGGCCAGGCAUCUGCUCAAGAUGGACUCGGAUCAGUGGGGUUACUACAGGACGCUAGCCAGCAUGGGAGGGUUCAGUCCCCUGCCUCCUGUGACCCAGAGUCUGUAUGAGGAGGUGAAGAGGCAGAGAGAGAGACACCCACUGAGGUACAGGCAGCUGAAUUAUCAGCUUGUGAGCGACACUCAGUGGGAAAUCUUGGAACUGCAUCCUGAGAGUGAAAGAGAGGGAGGGAAAGGAAGGUGAAUUGGAAAGGAGGGGGAGAGAGUGCUUGGAGAAACGACAGGUGGACAUCUGCAGCAGAAAAUGGGACACCAAAUCCACAGUUAUUCAUGAUUU